AAAAAUGACUUGUUCCCUACUUCUUCAAAAAUUUUGUGGCGUACAAUAAUCACUGUUUUUCCCAAAGUUGCUGAUCAGUGCCAAAAGACCGAUACCUCCAAGACAGUCCAGGAUGGGCAUGCAUCAGAAACAUCCUGUCAAAACGGUGCAGUGAAGCAGAAAGACAAAGCCACUCUGCAAAGAGAAGUGAGGAAACUUAAGGAGGCGGACAAAGAUGACAGCCAAACUAUUAUUGAUGCAGGACAGAAGCACUUUGGAGCUGUGGCCUGCAGCGUAUGCGGGAUGCUGUACUCUGCCGCCAACCCCGAGGACGAAUCACAGCAUUUGCUCUUCCACAACCAAUUCAUCAGCGCCGUAAAAUAUGUGGGCUGGAAAAAGGAGAGGAUCCUGGGAGAAUUUCCCGACGGCAAAAUCAUCCUGGUUCUGCCUGAUGAUCCCAAAUAUGCUCUCAAGAAGGUGGAAGAGAUAAGGGAGAUGGUGGACAAUGAUCUCGGCUUCAAGCAGGUGGGUACAAAGUGUCCCUCCCAGACGAAAACCUUCCUCUUCAUCACCAACGACAAGAAAGUGGCGGGAUGCCUCAUAGCCGAGCACAUCAACGAGGGCUACAGGGUGAUCGAGGAGCCCCAGCCAGAGGGCUCGGAGGGGGAGAAGCUGAUGUUUGAGCGGCAGAGGGCGUGGUGCUGCUCCACCACGGCCGAGCCGGCGCUGUGCGGGAUCAGCCGCAUUUGGGUGGUGAGCAUGAUGAGACGCCAAGCCAUCGCCUCGCGUUUGGUCGAGUGCCUCAGGAACAACUUCAUCUUCGGUUCGUACCUGAGCAAAGAUGAGAUCGCCUUCUCGGACCCAACGCCCGACGGCAAGCUCUUCGCCACUCACUACUUUGGCACCUCGCAGUUUUUGGUGUACAACUUUGUCAGUGGCACGCACCCGAACCAGCCCAAAAGUGACUCGGUAUGACGGUCGAGCCCGGAGGCGACGCCGGGAGUGGUCACCCCCUCGGCAAAAAACGUCUGAUCCACCUCCGUUUUUUCUCCCCACAAAAUGGACACGCACGUGCGCCUUGGUUCCAAUCUCAGGGUGAACAAAUUCACACUUGAUGUACAAAAAUUUGAUUUCUUUUCAAGCGACAUCCGGUGGAAACUACCAAGGAGUAUUGGGGCAACCCUGAAAAGAAAAUAAUUAUCACACUACAAGAUUCAAGGCGUAAUUCAGGGCGAGAAUAAAAUUGAAUAUUUUCAAGCUAAAACUACCGUGUAUUAAGUUUUAUCUUGAAAAUAAUACAAGGAAAACAGACAAAUCUAUUCUCAGAUUACCUCCUUAAUAUCAAAUAUGUACACCUCAAAUGUACUACUUGUUUUCUCAAAUUUGACUUUGAUAUGACUAAACUGAAAAAAAACAUCUAUCUCAAAAAUAUGCACCUAUUUUGUUCAAAAAUAACGACUUGAAAAUAUACAACUUUUUAUCUUUAAAAUGUACAGCCCAAUUUAUUUUAGUUUCAAUCAGAAAAAUGUACAACUUUUUAUCUUGAAAAGUAGACUAGCUCGAAAAGGAUUUUUCUUUUUUUUUUAUCUUGAAAAUAUACAAGUUUAUUCUCGUAAUACGAUUUUGUUCUUGAAAAUAUUACCGUGUUUUUCUUUUGAAAAUAAAUGACUUUAAUCUUGUAGAUUUUUUCCCCAGUGAAGCCCUAAAACUACUUCAGAUAAAAUGAGUCAUGUCCCUUUUAUUAUGAUUAUGAUUACUGUUUUACAUUUUUAUUCGUGUGCGUUAACAUAUGCAAUCAAGUGCAUGGUGUUUUCCCAUCAAUGGCUGCUCACUUUUUAAACCUUUUUUCCACCUCCAUCAUAGUUCGUCACAACAUUUCACACUAACAUUUUUACAACCAAAUAUCUGAAGAAGAAUUGUUUAGAAGUGUAGCUGGGGCUAUUUUUUCAAAUAUUUUUUAGACGACAUUACUUGUUAUUCCAAACUGAGCCAUAUACUGUCCGCUGUUAAAGCGACGAGGCAUUGUAACCCAAACGAUUUUUUUUUUUACCUCCCCCUCAACACAACGGUUUGUCCAUUACGCUUUGAUGUUGUGCCUGAAUUUAAGUGGCUUACUUUAUUUUUCCCUAGUGCUCAGUAUCAUUAUCCUUUUCCUUGAUAACUUACACUGUACCAUAUAAAAUGGGUAUGUAGAUAAACACGCACUAUAACAUUUGUAAUAAACAAUGUGGGAAGUCUUCAAGGCUCUUUACCCCC